AUGUAUUCCGAAGCGCCUUUUCUUUUCUCUUCUUUGCCCUCGUUUCACCGUUCCGGAGUAUUAUUGCAGCCGAGCAAGAUUGAGGCCAAGUGCUCAACCCUGGCCUCUGCUCGCUCACCCGCACCCGCAUCCACCCUCACUCCCACACCCCGCGUGAGACAUGCCGCCCAGGCCGUCCAGCUCGAAUCAUACCUGGAUUAUGGAGCCUCUCGGUCUGCAGAAGUGGGUGUGCGGCCAGAGCACCAGUUGGCGGCUCGAGGACCGCUGCGUCAGGCACUGGCACAGGCACUGGCGCUGGCACUGGCACUGGCACAGUACAGCGAUUGCGACGGCGAGGUUGCGGGUAACUGGUACGCGGCACCGACCCGAGCGACGCCAGCCCAGGCGCAGUCUGUGCGCGCUCGCUUCCGUACCGGCGGCGUUAUCGGUACUUACCGUCGGGCGGCCAAAGGGCCCGUGGCCCAAGUACGCGCUACGUCUGGAGUACGACGCGGCGCCUAA